AGGAAGCCACAUUGUGUAGUUGCUCGAUAGACGAAUUGCAAAUUCAAUCGAAAAAAGCAGCCGGAGCUCCGGCACCGCAUAGAAGCUUUAACCGUGGCUCCCCCCGCUUCUCCGCAGCACCAACACAGUAACCUCACCCGCAGGAAAUCCGCGCCGGCGUCCGCCUUCUCCGCCGCGUCUUCGUCGGGUUCGACACGAAUAGUCUACCGGGAGUCCGUUGGCCGAUCCUCCGAUCCGGAUCUGAUCCUCCCAUUUUGGCAGAAGACUUGGUUCAUCGUACUGUUGCUAGUGAUGGCCGUCUCCUUUUUCGGUCUCGCGAUAUUCCUGCUUCUGACGCUCGACUCCGAUUAUGGUUCGACUCCGGUUUCCGCCGCCUCCGAGGGCGUUCAGAUAUCAUAUGGUUCAGCCAUCAAGCUGAUGCAUGAGAAGACAAAAUUCAGACUGCACUCUCAUGAUGUUCCUUAUGGCUCAGGCAGUGGGCAGCAGUCUGUUACCGGUUUUCCUAAUGUUGAUGAUGCCAAUAGCUACUGGAUUGUCAGGCCAGUACAAGAUUCAUCUUCAAAGCAAGGAGACUCGAUCAAAACUGGAAGUCUUAUUAGGUUGCAACAUAUGAAAACUAGGAAGUGGCUGCACAGCCACUUGCAUGCCUCACCAAUAUCGGGCAAUAUGGAGGUCAGUUGCUUUGGCAGUGAUACCGAGUCUGACACUGGGGAUCACUGGAGUCUUGAGAUUGAGGGAAAUGGAAAGACAUGGAGGCAAGAUCAAAGAGUAAGGCUUCGGCAUAUAGAUACUGGUGGGUACCUUCAUAGCCAUAACAAGAAAUACCAACGCAUAGCCGGUGGGCAGCAAGAGGUGUGUGGUGUUGGUGAAAAGAAACCUGAUAAUAUUUGGUUAGCAGCAGAGGGCGUCUAUCUUCCGGUUACUGAAACCAAGUGAAGCUCCUCUCCCCUCUCGGCUCCCGUAGUAGGUAAUGACUAAUCAUAGUUGAGAGAUUUCUGUUAAUUUACUAGGGACUUACUCUCCCCCUUCUCCUAUAUUACAGAACACAAUUGCAUGUGAACAUUUUGAAAAUAGUUUCAUGUAAAUUCCUAAUAGUGCAUGUAGACUUUACUAUAUAUUCUGCAACUCAUGUCACAUGUUCAAUUGUGGUUGAAGUAGGGGUGUAAUCGUUUCGUAUUUGUGACACUAUUCGAAUAUUUGCGUUGAAAUAAAAUUUGAAUAAUCGAAUAUCCA